AUGCCUUCUCGAACAAGACCCAUUGAGAGAUUCGCACAAGCCGUUGCAAAAUGCUCCGCCGAAGCUUCAGUCUACGGCAAAUGCAUUGUGGCGGAUUACAACUCGAUCCACAAGGAUAAAUGUCUCACUGAAUUCCUGAGAUUGAAGGACUGUUAUCUUGUUGUAGCGAAAAAAUCAUGA